AUGACGGAUGAAAUUUGUGCUGAUUGUGAAACAGACACCACCUUUGAGUGUUUCAGUCGAUUUGCAGACUAUCUAUGGGGUGACGUUAAAAUAAUCUGCCACGUCUCAACAGUGGAGCUGUACCUGAAUGAGACUCCUAUUCAUUUUGCUGUACGUUAUGGGGACGACUUCAGAGUAUGUUCAGUGGAAAGCCAGCUGGAACACGAAUGUUCUGUCCGGAACACUGCCAUCUAUGGUUCUGUUGAAGUCUGCCUGGUGUUGACAGAACAGCAAUAUAAAUGCUGUCAGAACCUGAAACUCACGGAGAUCAUUAAGCCUGAAGCACCAUUUGGCUUAAACGUUAUAUACCAAGAAAAGGAGGACGCUUAUCUGGUUCAAUUCUCCAUUCCACUCUCAUCACAAACUUACCUAAAAGAUUGCUUACUGUAUGAAAUAGCCUACAGACCUGACAACAACAACUGGACCAUGAAUAACAAUACCAAAGAAUUUCAACGUGUACCAGUAACACUUCUGAGAAAGGAAUUUCAGCCAAGCACAAAGUAUGAACUACGUGUCCGGUCCAAGCCCAGUCGAGACUAUUUCAAAGGCUCGUGGAGUGAGUGGAGCCAUUCUGUCUACCUCCAGACGGCACAGAGAAGCCCAGAAGAAACAGAUGAUCAAUUAAUCUUGAUGACAGCAUCCAUUGUGGGCUUUUUUGUACUAAUGAUCCUAAUUUUUCUGAUCUUGGUAUUUUGGAAAAACAGGAUCAAGCCCGUGGUGUGGCCAGCUAUCCCGAAUCACGAGAAAACUUUGGAUAAACUCUGCAACACACUGAGAAAGAAUUCCGAGAUCAGUUUCUUCAAUCCGGAGAGUUUAGGAUAUGCUCACAUCCACAAAGUGGACGGCAUUCAAGCCAAAUCAGAAACAGAGCAUCUUCAGCAGUUGCUGCUUCCUUGGGCUGUGGAUGUUUCAGAGAUGGUUGGGAGCGGAUCAGAACUAAAGAACAACUUGAGCCACAUCAAUCACGGCUGGCUGAAGCUCUCUCUGGCAUAUGAAGGAAUGUGGCCGGCUGAGAGGCUGAAUAGGCAUUUGGGAAGAAGUAGCCAUAUCAAUAGCGAUGAAUUCACCCAUGCUAACCUGUACAACAAGAGUGGCACUGGUGGUCAGCGUGGUUGCAGUGAUGCUCUCAAUGCCCAUUCAAGUGCCCUGCUGGACCCCAACAUCCCGCCUGGAUUAGAUUCCUGCCAGGCAGAUCUCUCUCACCAAGCUUAUGCCAACAGUGAAGUUAGGGUAUCAAAUAAAGAGGAAGCUUAUGUCUCUAUGGCCAGCUUUUUCGAAAGCAAGGGAAACUUGGGAAAUUAGAUGCUGGUAGCAUUUCAAGGCAUUUCAGAGAAGGUGAUGAUUACACGAUCCUUUCUUUUUGCCCUGCUCUGGCUCUGACGGGUGCUGCUCUGCUUUUAACAGACGGGGCAGGGUCUGCUUCUUCCAUUGUCAAGUGAUUCCACACUGGCUGCUUAAGGGAGGGGGUAAAAAUGUUUCUAAAUAAAUUGUAGCAACACCGCAAAAAUCCGCACCUCUUUGAAAAGCCAGCAUAGAGGUGAGUCUGUUGGGCUUUGCUCUCAGAACCAGGCCUGAAUCUCUGCUCUGUCAUGGAAACUUGGCCUGGUGUCCUUGGGCCCAUCCCACUCUCUCAGCAUAAUCUACCUCACAGGGGUGUUGUCAUGAAAAAAUGGAGGAAAAGAGAAUAAUAUGAUAAGCCCCUUUGUGUUCCCACUGGCGAGAAAAUUGGAGUAUAAAUAAUAAAUAACAGUAAAAUCACUGUCAUUAUGGGCCAGUCGGGGCUCACUGAAAUUGAGGACUCCUCAGAAGGAGGAGCCUCGUGUAGCAGCCCUGACUCCUCAGGAGAAGAGGAACUCCGUGUAGCCAGCCCUGACUCAGCAGAAGCCGGCAAUCAGGAAGAACAGCUGCUGGCAGAUCAGAGUCCACAGCCAGCAGCUGAGCCAGCCGCAGCCCCGCCAACACCUUCCAGGUCCAACACCACCGGUGAAGCCCAGCCACCAGUUGCGCAAAGUCCUCAGUCAGCAGCUGAGUCAGAGGCACCAGUGCCCUCCUGCUCCAACACCACUGGUGAAGCACAGCCAGGGAUGCCCAAACCUCCAGCCUUACCCAGAGAGCGCCGCAGAUGAAAGCAGCACGUGGAGCUGCAGGAGAGGCGGCAAAGUGCACGUCUCCUGGCCAGACACCAGCGGCUUGUUGAGAGUGAUGAGGAAGUAAGCACAGGAUAGCUCCCAAGCAGCUGGCUGCAAGCUCAGCCUGUCUAUAAAACCCAGCCACAGAAGACCAGGAGGCAUGGAAGCAACAUGUCGGAAUCCUGCGCUGACUGUGGCCGCUCUGCUGAAUCUGGCCUUGCCGUGUGACCCCUGGACUGCCCCUUGACCUCGUUUCUGGAGAGCCCUUACUCUGACUGGUAACUGACCUGUGGACCUCCUGACUUGGCUUUCAGAUUCUGGACUUUGGACUUUGUACUCACUCCUGGCUUUGAACUGGUGCUCUGACCUCAGACUGGACUUGGACAACUCUGCUUGGGCUGUCCUAGCCCAUGAUAAUCACUGUCUGCUCUUGGGCUUGUUAAAAGGAUCAGACUCAUAAAUCAUAGAAUUCUAGAGUUGGAAGGGACCUCAGGGUCAUCUAGUCCAACCCCCUGCACAGUGCAGGAAAUCCACAACUACCUCCCUCCCCCCAACAGUGACCCCCUGCUCCAUGCCCAGAAGAUGGCAAAACACCGUCAGGUUCCCUAGCCGAACUGGCCUGGGGAAAACUGCUACCUGACUCCAAGGAUGCGAUUGGCCUUACCUGGGCAUGUAAGAAGGGGCCACGAGAACUAAGCACUGAUGUAACCCUUCCUGCCCUCACCCUCAUGAAUUGCCUAGGUUCUCAGAAUCAGCAUUGCUGUCAGAUGGCCAUCUAGCCUCUGCUUUAAAACCUUCAAAGAAGGAGAGAGAUCACGUGGGAUCUGGAAAGUUUAGCACUGGCCAUCCCACCUAGAUGCUGCUUCCUUGGGCUUUGAUUUGGUGUAAGGACAAAUCCUCUGCUGCUGUUAAAAUGUACACACAAAGAAUAGUUUUCCUCUCCUUUUCAUCCUCUGCAACAAAAAUGCAUUGGAAAACCAGGGACAGAAGUUACCUAUUUGCUUGUAGCGUUUAUAAUUAAGAUUUUGCUGCUGAGUGCAGGAAUAGAUCUUUGGGCUUAUAAAAUAAUUGCUGCAUGCCAUCAACUGCCCCCAAACAUUUACAUCUAUUUCAUUUUACCUUAUGAGAAUAUACUAUGUACACAGACUACAUAGCUGAUUUAGAUUUUCUGGCAGGAGUGUGUGCACACAGGUACUUUCACAGUGCAUUUGUACCAUGUAGACAUCUCAGCAAUAGAGGUGGGCACAAACCAGGAAAAAAAUGAACUGUGUGGUUCGUGGUUCAUCCCAUUUCACAAACCACAAACCAUGAACUUUCACGAACAUGCCCCCGUUUGCAAACUGAUUCAUGGGGAUUAAAUACCCCUUUCCAUGCUGCUGCGAAGUGGCACGGAAAGGGGCAUUUCACACACACCCCACCAGAUUGGAUCAGCUGCUUGGCAGGGAGAUCCCGGACAAGCAGCUGAUCCUGGGGUUUAAAUGCCAUUUUCUGUGCUGCUUCACAGCGGCAGGGAAAAGGGCAUUUCACCCCC